UCCUCCGACGCCCCUGGCGGCCACUUUUCCCGCCUCUGUCUGGGCUGCGCAGCGGAGAUUGGUGACAGUUGAGGAUGGCCGGAGCUGAGAGCCCCGCCGGCUGCCAGGCAGAGCUGGAGCCCGUGGUGUCGCUGGUGGACGUGCUCGAGGAGGACGAGGAGCUGGAGAAUGAGGCGUGCGCCGUAUUGGGCGGCAGCGACUCGGAGAAGUGCUCCUACUCGCAGGGCUCGGUGAAGAGACAAGCGCUGUACGCCUGUAGUACCUGCACACCAGAGGGAGAAGAACCAGCAGGGAUUUGUCUAGCUUGCAGUUAUGAAUGCCAUGGCAGUCAUAAACUAUUUGAGCUAUACACAAAAAGGAAUUUUCGCUGUGAUUGUGGAAACAGCAAGUUUAAAAAUUUGGAAUGCAAAUUGUUUCCUGACAAAUCAAAAGUAAAUUCUUGCAAUAAGUACAAUGACAACUUUUUUGGAUUAUACUGCAUUUGUAAGAGACCUUAUCCUGACCCUGAAGAUGAGGUUCCAGAUGAGAUGAUUCAGUGUGUGGUCUGUGAAGACUGGUUCCAUGGCAGGCAUCUUGGUGCCAUUCCCCCUGAGAGUGGGGAUUUCCAAGAGAUGGUGUGCCAGGCUUGUAUGAAGCGCUGUUCUUUCCUGUGGGCGUAUGCUGCUCAGUUGGCAGUCAACAGGGUAUCUGCUGAAGAUGGCGGGCCGCUGCUGAAUGUUGAUGGAAUGGCUGAUCAAGAUGUUGUCAAGCCUGAAAAUGGAGGCCAUGAAGACAACACCUUGAAAGAGAAUGUUCCAGAACAUGGAAGGAAUGCUGGCAAGGAAGUUAAAGUUGAGCAGAAUAAUGAACCAUGUACCAGCUCUAGUUCUGAGUCUUCCCUCCAGACAGUGUUUAAGAAUGAAACCACCAAAACUGAGCUGCAGUCUGGCUGCAGACUUCAGGAACUCCAGGCCAAGCAGUUUGUAAAGAAAGAUGCUGCCACCUAUUGGCCCUUGAACUGGCGCAGCAGGCUGUGCAUCUGCCAAGACUGUAUGAAAAUGUAUGGAGAACUAGACGUCCUGUUCCUGACAGAUGAAUGUGAUACAGUUUUGGCGUAUGAGAACAAAGGCAAGAGUGACCAGGCAGCUGAUAGACGCGACCCUUUAAUGGACACCCUUAGCAGCAUGAACAGAGUCCAGCAAGUGGAGCUCAUUUGUGAAUACAAUGACUUGAAGACUGAACUGAAAGACUACCUGAAGAGAUUUGCUGAUGAAGGCACGGUUGUUAAGAGAGAAGAUAUCCAGCAGUUCUUUGAAGAAUUUCAGUCAAAAAAGAGGAGGCGAGUGGAUGGCCUGCAGUAUUACUGCAGCUAGAGUGGAGGGCCGUGCUUCCUCAUGCAGCGUCACGAAAAUGCCACUGUUCCGGAAUAAAGAGACCCGUGUCACACCUGAUUCCCUUCCCAUCCUCCUGUG